ACCAAGUUUAGACAGCGCGGGCUUACUCGGGUUACCUUUCCCCUGGAAAGCCUGGUGCAGCAUGUGACCGUGUGCAUGUGCAGGACUUCUUCAGCUUCUGCCUCUGACCUCUGAGCGAGUGUGAUAAGAAGAGGAAGUCGACCAGGUGACCAUGGAGUCACAGCUUCUGUAGCACAGUCAGAGAGGCAGAUCAUCCAAUAAGACAGAGGAAGGGGCAGGUCUGAGCACCACCUUCGGAUUUGCAUUGUCUACUGCAGUGACACAUAAACUCGGCUGAUGACACUGAUAUCUGUUACCCCUACCUGUCUCCACUCGGCCCGGUCAGGAGUCUGCAACCUCGACUCGCUCUAGACUCAGAUCUAUUAACAGAGAGACAUGCAGGCCCAAGAGCUGUUGAAGCAGCUGCGUGUGCCUGAGCUGGCCGAGGUGAGAGAUUACCUCCGCAGCCUGUCCACCGGCACGCUGGUGGGAAUGGGGGCCUUCGCCGCACUCACCACCUUCUGGUACACCACCCGACCAAAAUCCAUCAAACCCCCCUGUGACCUGCACAUGCAGUCUGUCGAGGUUCCGGGAGGAGAGUUUGCACGCAGGUCAGUGCUAGUGGACGCUGACAACCUUCUGUCUUUUUACUAUGAUGACGCUACGACGAUGUACGAGGUUUUCACCAGGGGUUUACGUGUAUCAAAUAACGGACCUUGCUUAGGCUUCAGGCAACCGAAGCAUCCGUAUGAGUGGCUGUCCUAUUCAGAGGUUGCAGAGAGAGCGGAGAGACUCGGCUCAGCGCUGCUGCACAAAGGUCACUCUAAAACCAAAGAGCAGUUCAUCGGCAUCUUUGCUCAGAGCAGACCCGAGUGGACUAUCUCAGAGCUGGCUUGCUACACAUACUCUCUGGUCUCAGUCCCUCUGUAUGACACACUUGGGACAGAAGCCAUCGAUUACAUCAUCAACAAAACCGGCAUCGCCACAGUAGUGUGUGACACACCAGUUAAGGCUCGUCUGGUGCUGGACUGCGUCUCAGAAAAACAACACUCACUAAAAACCCUGAUUCUGAUGGAUGAGUUUGACUCGGAGUUGGUGGCUCAAGCACAGCAAUGCGGCGUGGACGUAAUUAGUCUGAAAGAUGCAGAGGCUCUUGGAAAAGCCCAUCUGCAAAAGCCCAUACCUCCUAAACCUGAUGACAUGGCUAUUAUUUGCUUUACUAGUGGAACCACAGGAAACCCAAAAGGAGCGAUGCUCACCCACAGAAACAUUGUGUCCAACAUUUCUGCGUUUACCAUGAUAACAGAGGCCAGCUGUCCUUUGAGUCCCAGCGACUCUCACAUCUCUUACCUGCCUCUUGCACACAUGUUCGAGCGAGUUGUACAGGGCGUUAUGCUACUUCACGGGGGUCGUAUCGGCUAUUUCAAAGGUGAUAUCCGCUGCCUCAUGGAUGACCUUAUGACUCUGAGGCCCACCGUCUUUCCGGUGGUGCCACGUCUGCUCAACCGAAUGUACGAUAAGAUCUUUGGCCAAGCCAACACUCCUCUGAAGAGGCGGAUCUUAGAAUUCGCCUUCCGGAGGAAAGAGGCCGAGAUGUUGAGUGGCAUCAUGAGGCGAAACAGUUUUUGGGAUAAAAUCAUCUUUAAGAAAGUCCAGGACAGUGUUGGAGGAAAAGUGCGCCUGAUGCUGACUGGAGCUGCUCCCAUCUCUGCUCAUGUGCUGACUUUUCUACGUGCGGCUCUGGGAUGCCAGUUUUAUGAAGGCUACGGUCAGACCGAGUGCACAGCCGGCUGCACGGUCACGUUAGCAGGAGACUGGUCAGCAGGUCACGUCGGACCUCCUCUCCCAUGCAACCUCAUGAAGCUGGUGGAUGUUGCUGAGAUGAACUAUCUGGCUGUGAAUGGAGAAGGAGAGGUGUGCGUGAAGGGGCCCAAUGUGUUUAAGGGAUAUCUGAAAGACCCAGAGAAGACGGAGGAGGCCAUGGACCAGGACGGCUGGCUCCACACAGGAGACAUCGGCAAGUGGCUACCGAAUGGCACUCUGAAGAUUGUGGACCGUAAGAAGCACAUCUUUAAGCUGGCACAAGGAGAGUACAUUGCCCCGGAGAAGAUCGAGAACAUUUACAUCCGGAGUGAAGCUGUGGCUCAGGCUUUUGUGCAUGGUGAUAGCCUACAGGCCUGCCUGGUGGCCAUCAUUGUGCCUGACCCGGACUUCCUGCGUGGCUGGGCCAAUAAAAGAGGAUUUCACGGCUCAUACGAGGAGCUCUGUAGCAGCAAGGAAGUGAAAAACGCCAUAUUGGAGGAAAUUCUUAAAUUGGGCAAAGAAGGUGGACUGAAGUCUUUUGAACAGGUGAAGGAUAUCACUCUGCACUCUGAGAUGUUCUCCAUCCAGAACGGCCUCCUGACUCCAACACUUAAAGCGAAGCGUAAUGAGCUCAGGAACCAUUUCAGGCAGCAGAUCGAUCAGCUCUACUCCAAGAUCCACAUGUGAGGGGAAAAAUAAGGAUUCCAGGGAAUGGACUUGAUGACAUACAACACUAUCUGUCCCCUUCACUCUCCAGUAGUUUUACUUAGUUAUCUACAUAAUGACAUUUGGGUGAAGUGUUCCUUUUAAAACAAACUGUGCCUUAUCCACAAUGUCCACAAUGUCCACUGCCUUAUGUAUGCAUCGGGAAUGAGAGAACAUUUCAUUACACUUUUUACCUUUUCAGGACAUUUUAAACUCCUCAGACGCCCUCCGUAUGCUGCCUUAGAUCUAGAGCAGGAAGAUUUUAAGACUUGAUGCUAGUUUACCCAAGAGACCUGAAUUGAGCUUAGGCUUUUUUAGGGAAAUAUAAAAAGCUUUUUCAAAAUAUUUGCCAAAGAAGCUGCUAGAUUGUGGUAGUACAAAGGCUUACCUCAUGCCCUGUAUAGAGCUUAAUAGACGGAUUUCUGCUUAGCUGAGUGGAAACAUCACUUUUUUUAAUUAUUAUUAUAAGGGAAAACCAUCAAGAUGCCAACUUGUAGCUCCACAAUAAAUAGAGCCUAGAUGUAUAAACUAAAAUUAUGCAAAUGUGAACCUUUUUUUUCUUUCUUCAAAUUAUUUCAAUGCCAUAGGCUUUAGCUUUGCUCAUACAACCUAGAAAUAUAUAAAUAAAUAAUAUAUGUAUUUAUAAUAUAAAUAUACUUUUUCUUCUCUACUCUGCUUAGAUCACUUUGGCAGCAUGACUCGAAAUUCUUUUAUUAUGCUAAUGGAUAAUCUAAUUUAAUGAACAUUGUGGAAAAAGCAAAUUUCACAUAUUUAUCUUAAAGGAAUAUUCUAGGUGUCCCAAAUUUCCCACUGUGACCGAGAACAUCUUUAGGAUCUAAAGUGUUUUUUUUUUUUUUGUUAACUGCUUUAUAGAUGGAAAGCCUGAAUUAGAGAUGGAUUUAUACGACUCAAAUUCGUGAACACGAUCUACAGAAAGUGCUACAGAAUUCAACUGCCCUUAAACUUUAAUAGCAAGUGAGGUCUGAGUAUGCUUGGGCAUGUUUAAGCACUUUUUCUUAACACAGACAAUUUUUAAAUUGAAGUUUUAGGCUAAAAAUGAAUGAAGCUGAUUGUAUAGGGAGAGAUAUACACUUAAGUGUACAGUAUAGUGUCACCUUCUGUCGCUCGGGUUGGCCAAUAAGGUGAUGAAGCCAUGAAGCUUUGCGCUAUAUAUUUUUGCAGUAUGUAUCUACAUAGCCAUGAAUUCAUAUAUAUAAUAUAUACAGUGUGUGUUGGUGAUUUUAUGUUCUUUUGCUGCUUGAUUUCAAGAAGAAUCCGUAGCACGCAUUCCCUAGUCCAUAGCUAAACAUCCCGGAUAUGUUGCCAUCGCAAGAACAAAGCUCAAUGUUGACUAUUUAUAUGUUUUGUUUUGUUUUUUGUGUUCAUGACAAAGAUAAUAAUAAUAAUAAUAAUAAUAAUAAUAAUGUGGUGUAUGGAUUUGUUUUAUGUGCCUGAUAUGAAAUCAAUCAAAUUACAUUGAAAUAUUGAGUAUUUCUAGGUUCACUGUAGUUUUAAACUUGUUUGCCUGGUUUGAUUGAUUUAUAGUGAAGCUAUUUUACCAGUCCUGAUAUUCUUGUACAGUAAUGCCUUCUAAAAGCUUUCUCUGGAAAUCAGACGUCAAAAAAUCCCUUGUGCUCGUGUUCCUGGAUUUUUAAGGGUUUUGUUAAUUUUGGAGUUUGUUAAUUAAAUAAAGCGUGUGUGUGUGUGCGUGUGCACGUGUGUAUGUUUCACAUAUCCAAACAAAUAUUCAAAUAAACAUUUUAUUAUGUGUAUAAAUGCAAGCCGUUGACGUGUAUGUGAGUUGUGUGAAAGAUGGACCUCACUGAGAAUAAAUGUGAAUAACUGGAAAAAGUCUCACUGACUGACAGCAAAAUAAAACAAGCUAUUUAGAGAUUAA